GAAGUUGCUUUUAAACACAGCUUUUCUGCUUUACCUGUCCAGGUAGCCUCUGUUUUCAUUUCAGUCUUAAUGAAAACUUUCUAACUUACAUCUCAAGUUUCUUUUCAAAGCAGUCAAGAACUGAAGCGAAUGGGGAUUGAACUGCUUUGCCUGUUCUUUCUAUUUCUAGGAAGGAAUGAUCACGUACAAGGUGGCUGUGCCCUGGGAGGUGCAGAAACCUGUGAAGACUGCCUGCUCAUUGGACCUCAGUGUGCCUGGUGUGCUCAGGAGAAUUUUACCCGUCCAUCUGGAGUUGGUGAAAGGUGUGAUACCCCAGCAAAUCUUUUAGCUAAAGGAUGUCAAUUAAACUUCAUCGAAAACCCUGUCUCCCAAGUAGAAAUACUUAAAAAUAAGCCUCUCAGUGUAGGCAGACAGAAAAAUAGUUCUGACAUUGUUCAGAUUGCACCUCAAAGCUUGAUCCUUAAGUUGAGACCAGGUGGUGCACAGACUCUGCAGGUGCAUGUCCGCCAGACUGAGGACUACCCGGUGGAUUUGUAUUACCUCAUGGACCUCUCCGCCUCCAUGGAUGAUGACCUCAACACAAUCAAGGAGUUGGGCUCCCGGCUUUCCAAAGAGAUGUCUAAAUUAACCAGCAACUUUAGACUGGGCUUCGGAUCUUUUGUGGAAAAACCUGUAUCCCCUUUUGUGAAAACAACACCAGAAGAAAUUGCCAACCCUUGCAGUAGUAUUCCAUACUUCUGUUUACCUACAUUUGGAUUCAAGCACAUUUUGCCAUUGACAAAUGAUGCUGAAAGAUUCAAUGAAAUUGUGAAGAAUCAGAAAAUUUCUGCUAAUAUCGACACACCCGAAGGUGGAUUUGAUGCAAUUAUGCAAGCUGCUGUGUGUAAGGAAAAAAUUGGUUGGCGGAAUGACUCCCUCCACCUCCUGGUCUUUGUGAGUGAUGCUGAUUCUCAUUUUGGAAUGGACAGCAAACUGGCAGGCAUCGUCAUUCCUAAUGAUGGGCUCUGUCACUUGGACAGCAAGAAUGAAUACUCCAUGUCAACUGUCUUGGAAUAUCCAACAAUUGGACAACUCAUUGAUAAACUGGUACAAAACAACGUGUUAUUGAUCUUCGCUGUAACCCAAGAACAAGUUCAUUUAUAUGAGAAUUACGCAAAACUUAUUCCUGGAGCUACAGUAGGGCUACUUCAGAAGGACUCCGGAAACAUUCUCCAGCUGAUCAUCUCAGCUUAUGAAGAACUGCGGUCUGAGGUGGAACUGGAAGUAUUAGGAGACACUGAAGGACUCAACUUGUCAUUUACAGCCAUCUGUAACAACGGUACAUUCUUCCAACACCAGAAGAAAUGCUCUCACAUGAAAGUGGGAGACACAGCUUCCUUCAACGUGACUGUGAAUAUCCCAAACUGUGAGAGAAGAAGCAGGCACAUUAUCAUAAAGCCUGUGGGGCUGGGGGACGCCCUGGAAUUACUUGUCAGUCCAGAAUGCAACUGCGACUGUCAGAAAGAAGUGGAAGUGAACAGCUCCAAGUGUCACCACGGGAACGGCUCCUUCCAGUGUGGGGUGUGUGCCUGCCACCCUGGCCAUAUGGGGCCUCGCUGUGAGUGUGGCGAGGACAUGCUGAGCACAGAUUCCUGCAAGGAGGCCCCAGAUCAUCCCUCCUGCAGUGGAAGGGGUGACUGCUACUGUGGGCAGUGUAUCUGCCACUUGUCUCCCUAUGGAAACAUUUAUGGGCCUUAUUGCCAGUGUGACAAUUUUUCCUGCGUGAGACACAAAGGGCUGCUCUGCGGAGACAACGGCGACUGUGACUGUGGUGAGUGUGUAUGCAGGAGUGGCUGGACUGGCGAGUACUGCAACUGCACCACCAGCACGGACUCCUGCGUCUCUGAAGACGGAGUUCUCUGCAGCGGGCGCGGGGACUGCGUUUGUGGCAAGUGUGUUUGCGCAAACCCGGGAGCCUCAGGACCAACCUGUGAACGAUGUCCUACCUGUGGUGACCCCUGUAACUCUAAACGGAGCUGCAUUGAGUGCCACCUGUCAGCAGCUGGCCAAGCCCGAGAAGAAUGUGUGGACAAGUGCAAACUAGCUGGUGCGACCAUCAGUGAAGAAGAAGAUUUCUCAAAGGAUGGUUCUGUUUCCUGCUCUCUGCAAGGAGAAAAUGAAUGUCUUAUUACAUUCCUGAUAACUACAGAUAAUGAGGGGAAAAGCAUCAUUCACAGCAUCAGUGAAAAAGAUUGUCCAAAGCCUCCAAACAUUCCCAUGAUCAUGUUGGGGGUUUCCCUGGCUAUUCUUCUCAUCGGGGUUGUCCUGCUGUGCAUCUGGAAGCUGCUGGUGUCAUUUCAUGAUCGUAAAGAAGUUGCCAAAUUUGAAGCAGAACGAUCAAAAGCCAAGUGGCAAACGGGAACCAAUCCACUCUACAGAGGCUCCACGAGUACUUUUAAAAAUGUAACUUAUAAACACAGGGAAAAACAAAAGGUGGACCUUUCCACAGAUGGAUAGAACUACUUUAUGCAUGAAAAAAGUCUGUUUCACUGGUAUGAAAUGUUAAUGCACUAUAUAAUUUUUUUCUCUUUGUUGCUUCAAAAUGAGGUUGGUUUAAGACAAUAAUAGGACAUUUGCAGAUAAGUUAUCCUCUACAUGAAGGUGAGAGACUGUUGGCAGGUUCAAAAUAAUCAAGAAGAGAAAUAUCCUUAGCAAAGAGGUGACUUUGGGGAUCAUUUGAGGAAUACUAACUCUGUUGCAUUAAUGCUUCAAAAAAAUCAUCAAAAUGAUUCAUGGGGGCCUGAUUUGCAUUUGAAAAAUGUUUGAAAUUAGAAGCUCAUUUGUUUCAGGAAUGCAGCUACCUGAGUUCUUUGUCUCAGCAAAGUCACAAAGCCCAUAUACUCACAUUGUAUAUCUAUACUUGCCAAUUAAUUCUAAACUUGUAGGAAAUAUGCCCUCUCUUGAAGGAUAAUUUUUUGAAAUCUCUGAGAAAUGACAUUCUGAUUUUACUUCAGCUAAGAAGUUGCAAUUCUUCUGAAGAUACCCCAAAUAUAAGAUUGAACAUUAAGUGUUAAUAAUUUUUGUGAAUUUAUACACACCUAAACGUUAAGUACACAAAUAUUUUAUUUGUUUUACAAAUGAGGAAUAAGUAAUUUAUAAAUUAAGAAGUCACCUAUAAAAAUAAAAAGAUAACCCUAUCAAUUAGCUUAUUUUUAAAUUACCUGAAAAACGAUAUUCUACACUCAGUUUCCUUUUUGACCCUGAGUUUUCAAACUGUUACUUCCCCCAUAUUUCUCAAUCCAUUUCACUCAGUUGCACAGUCUUUUAAACCCUGUAAUUGUCACACAAAAGUUUCUUUAAAAAAAAUACUUUAAAUGGUUAGCUUAUUCAAAGAACACUCCUAUAAUAUAAAAGGAACCUGUGUUAAACACAAUAAAUUUUUUUUUUUUUUUUUUUUU